AUGUCUUCCAGGUCACCUCAAGGCCGAUCGCCACGUCGCUCAAUGCAUGAGAUGGAUCUCGAAGCACUCAAAGAACGACCACGGCGUUCGAUGUCCCCUCGAGGAGGUCCAAGGCCCGUCAGCCGGAGUCCAUCCGCUCAGUAUGACAAUGACCGCCGCGACAAACGUCGUUCGAAAAGCUGGUCUCGGUCUCCGUCGCGUUCUCGGACGUCAUCCCCGAGCCGUAGUCGCAGCCCAAGCCGUGAUUCUCGAUGGUACAGAAAUAGGAGCUACAGCCGUACACCGAGUCCAAGCAGUGGGCUUCCAAGAAGUUCAAAGAUCAUAGUUGAAAAAUUGACCAAGAAUGUCACCACAGCCCACCUUAGAGAGAUUUUUGGUUCAUUUGGUGAUAUCAAGAGUCUUGAGCUUCCCAUGAACCGAGCUUUCAUGACAAAUAGAGGCACGGCCUAUAUUCUUUAUCACGACCCUGCAGAUGCAGAAGCAGCGAUAUCGCACAUGCACGAGGCCCAAUUAGACGGUGCCGUUCUGAAUGUCUCAAUCGUGCUGCCUAGGAGAGCCUUCUCACGUUCGCCGCCACCAGCAGAGAAUGGCCGGGGUGGCUCUGGCCGUCGCAGGUAUGACUACAAAGAGCCUUCAGAUCACCGGUCUUCGCGUAUUCCUUCAAAUGUCCCCAGCAAGGAGAAGAGCGCACAUCCGCGUGGACAGUCCUAG